AUGGGAACCUUUAACAGUAAUGUAGGAGCUUUAGUAUCGAGCCAAAAUAUCAGUAUAAAUAAUGUCUGGCAAAAACAGAAGACUUCAAGUUUGGACCACAGUGGGCCAUCUGUACCAACUAUGUUAGCAUACGUUGAUUUUCGUCCAUGGUUUAAAGGGUGGGAUCAACUUGACGUAAAUGAUCAGGACAAAUUGAAGGACCUGGUAACAUUUAAUUCUACUAGUCAAAUCGACUAA